AUGGCUCUGCGUCUUGGGACGACUCUUCAUGGGAGCAAAUACUCAUUUCGUCUAGUUGAAAAACUUGGCGAUAAGACUGUCUUCAACCCAGUGUUCAAGGCCGAGGUCUUGCCUGGCGUUCAGUCUAUUCUUCCAAGAGAUCGAUGGGCUGUUGUGAAAAGCGCCGUUCUUGAAAAUCAGACUCAGGUGGACUGUCUCGUAAAGGAAUACAAGUAUUACAAGAAGCCUUCUAUCGAAUCGUCUAGGAACUUUCGAAAGUUGUGUGACAUUAUCAACGACCCUAUAGGUUGGACCGCUCAAAAGCCAUUCUGUUUAGCCUUUGAAUGGAUGGAUACUACCUACGCUCAUGUGAAACUCUUUCGACGAGUCGAGUUGUUUGGGAAUGCAGCUCAAAAUGGGUGGUAUAUUUCAUCUAAAGCUAAAUAUUGGCCAGAGACCGAUAGCGCACAACCUACUUGGACUGAGGACACGACUCUGGCGGAGGUGCCUUUCGGGGAACACAUGAAAGAUCCUGUAUUAGUCGCAGAUAUUGUCAAGGUAUGCUUAGCAGACCUGAAACCUGCGAAUGUUCUUAUAUCUAGCGUUGACGGGCUGUCUAAAGUCAAAAUUGGAGACUUGGGGCUAGCGGGACCAGAGGGCGGGAAUCCACGCUGGGUUCAGCCCGAAGCAUUUCGUGCUCCUGAGGUCUGGACAGGGGUGAGCUGCUACCAUAAAGCCGAUGUAUGGUCUAUUGCUGCUAUGAUGUUACAACGGUUUGAUCCCAACAUACUGGGCAAUGCCGACAACAUCGACAAGACGCGUAUUCACCCAAUGGCAUGGUGCCUAGCGAAGAUUAUACUCCUCUUCGAUCCAUCCUGUAACUCGAUUCCUCCUCCUGAUGUUGAUAAGACCUUACAGGCCUAUUUUAAGUUAGCCCAAAACCUUACGACAACACAAGCAAAGGAAGAUUUGGACGAAUUGCUUUUGCAGAUUCCUUCAUUUGAGGUGUGGGCCGAUCUAGCUAUGGACGCCGGCAUCCCGAAGGUAGUGCUAGACGUUAUACGCCUUUUGGCCGUUCCUAACCCGAUGAACAGACCUUCGGCGUUGCAAGCUCUUCAAUCACCCGAAUAUAAGGCCCUCCAGAAAGCUGCCGCUGCGUAUGUAAUUUAUAACUCUCUCUUAAGAUCUGGUAUCCGAUGA